GUGCGAAGCACGGGGUAAAAACUAGUUGUAAUAGUAAAUGAAAAGAUUAAUUUUAGACGGAAAGAAUAUUUGGAGUAUCCUCCAAUUCCUCCAAACGGCUCCUUAAUAUCCAUCCAGCACAAUAUAGAAAAUCGAGGGAGAGAACUCAGAGAAGACCCAAAUGGCUUCUCCUUCUCCAGACCAGUCUAAUUGAAGAUAUUUUUUGUUUUCAGACAAGAAAAUAGAUCGGCAAGAAGUCCAUCGCAGUCCACAACAAGAAACAACUUCCGAGCUUCAAGAACAAGAACGCCACCGGAAUUGCUCCUCCAUCUCCAGAAUGUUUCUCCCCUGUUCCACCGCCGUUAUCAUGUUCACUGUCUUGCUGACGUCCUCAUUGUCUCCGCUGGUCAGUGGCGCCUUCAACCUCACCCUUCCUCACCAACACCCCUUCCCUGAAGAUGUAGUUCAAGAUGUUCAAAGAAAAGUGAACGAAUCGGUGCACAGAAGAAGAGUGCUGCUGUCGACGGGGGAAAAGGACCAAUGCCUCACCGGGAACCCAAUCGACGACUGCUGGCGGUGCGACGAGAACUGGGCCGACAACCGGCAGCGGCUGGCGGACUGCGGGAUUGGGUUCGGGCAAGGGGCGAUGGGCGGGAAAGGGGGCAAGAUCUACGUGGUCACGGACUCAUCGGACGAAGACACGGUGGAGCCUCGGGCGGGGACGCUCCGGCACGCGGUGAUCCAGGCGGAGCCGCUGUGGAUCGUGUUCGGGGGGGACAUGACCAUCAGGCUGAAGCACGAGCUGAUCUUCAACAGCUACAAGACGGUGGACGGGCGGGGCGCGGAGGUGAGAAUCACCGGCGGCGGGUGCAUCACGCUGCAGUACG